CACGCAAUUUAUAGCCGCUCAGAUCUACGGCGGACAGUCGAGAGUUGGAGCUCGCUCGAAGCGGAGUCAUUGGCGUUCACAUUCUGGAGGCUUUGAGACAAAGCAUCAGAGAGAAUUUAAACAACCAAAAUUAGCGAAGAUGGAAGCUGCUCUCGAGCGAUGCGAUACGCUGUUCACUAUGGGUCACCACGUCGAAGGGCUUGGGACCAUUGUGGUGCAUGAGAAAGACCCUUCUCCAGAGGUGCAGUGGAGACUAGCCAGAGCCAUCUUCAAAGAGGCUGAAUUCAAAGGCUCCGUCCCGAAACACAAGGCCAUCGAAGCGAGCUUGAAAAUCCUCACCAAAAACCUGGAGAUCGCACCGGAUUGUUGGAACUCGCAUGUCUGGUUCGCCAUCAUUCUAGGAUGCAAGGAGAAGCACGAGUCUUUCAAGCAGCAGAUCGAAGAAGCUUUCAUCAUCCGGGAGCACUUAGACAAAUGCAUCGAGUUGAACCCGGAAUCCGAGUUGGCGCAUCAUGUACUCGGCCAGUGGUGCUACAAGGUCGCGUCAGUGAGUUGGCUGCAAAAGAAAACCGCUGCCACCCUGUUCGCAAAACCUCCAGAGUCGACGUUCGAGGAGGCUGUCAGCCAUUUCAAGAAAGCCGAAGAAUUGUCUCCGGCCAUCUUCAACGGGAAUCAUCUCUGUUUGGCCCGGACUCUCAUCGAUAUGGGCAGGAAGCAAGAGGCACCGGAAUAUCUCAAGAAGUGUCUUCAAAUCACCGAGGAGAAGAAGACCGAUAAGGACACGCUCGACAACAUUGAGGAAGCCCAAAAACUAGCGAAGAAACUUGGUCUUAAGCUUUAAGCAUAUCUUGUCUGUCGAUCGCCUGUUCUUUGGACGACAGUUUUGUUCGAGUAUUUCGAGUGGCGAAAUUGUCACACAAUACAUUUCUAGUCGAAAAGUUCCGCUGCGUCCGAUAGAUAAGGGAUUCUGGUUCCUUCCUAUUGGUUUCCUCAUCGACCGGAUGCUCAGCUCUCGAAUGUUAGUGAAUAUUAUCUCCUAUGAAAAGCGCAAAGACAAAGACUUUUAGAAAAAUAUGUUGAGUCCGGGAACGAGUUUGAAUGUUAUGAGUGCCGGUGUGAGUGUGUAUGGACGAUUCGAAACGCAAGCAUGAGAUGUGGAGAAGACGGUACGGACGAAGGGUAUUUCUGAAGGAUUAUAAUAAACAAACCGAUAAUUUAUUGCGAA